AUGCCCCAGCCCAGGAAGAAUCAGAAGAAGCCUCUCAAGUCGAGGAUCUUCAAGAAGUUGAGGAAGGCUGAGAAGGAGGAGAACGACAAGGACGACGAUGCUGUCGAGGAGAUGGCGGACUCCAAGGUGAUGAAGCAGGCUCAGCUGCAGGCCCUCGAGCUCAAGAAGGAGGACUUUGAGGAUGGAGGCGACGAGAUGGGUGCGGAGGAGGAGGAUAACCUCGAGUAUGACAGCGACGAUGCACAGUCUCAGUUCACAGCGACUUCUGGGAUCGAUGACUACGAGCAGUACAUCAAGGAGGAGCAACAGAUCACAGAGGAGGAAGAGGAGGCGUUCAAUCUCUUUCUCAAGCCCAGACAAGGGAAGGUAAAGACGAUCGCGGACCUCAUCGAGGAGAAAAUGCGCGAGCGCCAGACAACAGGAGAAGAUGUUGAGAUGGAGGAGCUAGGUUACGACGACAUCGAUCCCAAGGUGGUCGAAGUUUACAAGAAUGUUGGGAAGUUGUUGUCAAGAUACAAGUCAGGGAAGCUGCCAAAGGCUCUCAAGGUCGUCCCUUCACUGUCAAACUGGGAGCAGAUCGUUUGGAUCAUGGAGCCGGAGGCAUGGAGCAACCACGCGUACUAUGCGUGCACGCGGAUCUUUGCUUCCUGCUUGCAGGAUCAGAUGGCACAGAGAUUUUACAACCUCGUCCUCUUGCCUAGAGUGAUAGACGACCUGAAGCAAAACAAGCGCCUCAACUACCACUUGUACCAGGCCCUCAAGAAGUGCUGCUACAAACCCGCAGCGUUCUACAAGGGCAUCGUGCUGCCCAUCUGUGACUCCGGAUCUUGUACUCUUCGAGAAGCCACCGUGUUGAGCUCAGUGAUCAAGAAGGUCUCUAUCCCAGUCCUCCACUCCAGCGCUGCCCUGCUCAGACUUGCCAUGUCGAAGGUGUACACUGGCUCAGAGUCGAUCUUCAUCAAGACUCUGCUGGACAAGAAGUACGCCUUGCCGUACCGCGUCAUCGAUGCCGUGGUGGAGCACUUUGUGCAGUUCAAGAAUGAGACGAGAGAGCUUCCAGUCAAGUGGCACCAAUCCCUCCUCGUCUUCUCGCAGCGGUACAAGAACAACCUCUCUGCACAGCAGAAGGAAGGCAUCAAACAGGUCAUGAGGGUACAUUCACAUUACGCCAUCACGCCGGAGAUCCGGCGCGAGCUUUUCUCCCAGCAAUCUCAGAGGCUAGAUCAGAUCAUGCCUUGA